CUCCAUGGCCCCCUACACUCUGGUCUCUACUGGCUUCCUGUCCUCUGGUCCCCGUGGCUCCAUGGCCCCCUGCCCCCUGGCUCCAUGGCCCCCUGCCCCCCUGCCCCAUGGUCUCCCUGGCUCCAUGGCCCCUUCUCCCCUGCCCCCUGGUUCCCCUGGCUCCACGGCCCCCUGCCCCCUGGCUCCAUGGCACCCUGCCCCCUUGUCUCCCUGGCUCCAUGGCACACUGUCCCUCUACCCCCUUGUCCCCCUGGCUCCAUGGCACCCUGCCCCCUGGUCCCCCUGGCUCCAUGGCACCCUGCCCCCUGGUCCCCCUGGCUCCAUGGCCCCCUGCCCCCUUGUCCCCCUGGCUCCAUGGCCCCUGGUCCCCCUAGUCUCCUGACCCCCAACCCUCUUCAAGACCUGGGCUUAACAUCCCAGUUCAAGACAUUGUCCCACUUUACCUUUCUUUCACCCCCAUUAAUAUAGUGCGCUUGAAUAACUUAAUCCACCACAUGGUAUUAAGUAAAUGAUCCUCUCUAAGGGAAGAUCAUAUUUUACUGUAGGAUUCUUUGAUGGGUCUUUGAGUUCGACUUAGAUACAAUGUAAAGGACACAGUUAGCCCUGGUCUACAGUGUGCCUGACUGUAGUAGUUGUCAUGUGGCUGUAUGGAGGGAACAGAGCUACAGCAGUUUUCUAGCCAUUUGUCAAAGAAAGGACUACCUCAGUGUGCCUACUCCCCAGACCUCCCCAGACCUACGUGACAGGGUUGAUGCAAUGGGUUAUCUUGAAGGGACCAAUGAAGCGAGGACAGAACUUUUUGCAGGGGAGGCGGAGCUGGAUGUUUCUGGUAGAGAGCCACACACACUGUCCGUGGUGAAAGAGUGGCGUAGGUCGGCGGCGUCUGUCGGCAAAGCGUUUCUGGGUAUUAGAGACUUCCGUCUGCCCGUUGGUCUGGGGAUGGUACCCGGAGGAGAGGCUGAGGGUGACCCCCAGUCGGUCACAGAAGGCUCGCCACACCCGGGAGACAAACUGGGGCCCGGAAUCCCAUACAGAUAGAACACCUGCUGGAACAUACACUCAGCCAAUUCCAUGGCGUUGCGUAAAUGAGGAAGAGGAACCAGACAACACACUAUGACAAGGAUGGUGGUGUUAACAGAGGAUUCAGGAAGGUCUGUGAUGAAGUCAACAGUUGUGUGGGACCAGGGUCUGUGAGGGAUUGGCAAAGGUGGAAGCUUACCGGAAGGGAGAUGACGAGGGCUUUUGGUUUGGGCGCAGACUGGACAGGAGAGUACGUAAUCCCUUACGUCAGAUGCCAUUGAGGACUACCAGAACUUACAGGCUAGAAGUUCGGUGGUUCCUGUAAUGCCCGGAUGUCCUGACCCCAAGGACGUGUGACACCAUUGCAUCAGUUGGGGUCUAACAACCGCUGGUACGUAACUCUUCCCAGCUGGUGUCUCAGGAGGAGCCGGGUCUGAGGUUAGGGCUUCUUGUAUGGCAGAGUGAACCUCCCAAUGUACCAGUCCCAUAAUGCAAGAGGAAGGAAGAAUGGGUGUAGGGUCUGAGUUAUUGGUCGGAAGGUCAAACUGGCGGGAGAGAUCAUCAGCUUUUAUGUUUUUCUUUCCAGGGAUGUAAGUAACAUGAAAAUGGAAGUGUGUGAAAAGAGCCCAGCGGGCUUGUCUGGAGUUUAACCUCUUGGCCCCUCUGAUAUAUUCCAGAUUACGAUGAUCUGUUAGGAUGAGAAAGGGAUGUUGUGCACCCUCCAACCAGUGGCGCCACUCCUCGAGGGCCAGCCUGAUGGCAAGGAGUUCUGUUCCCCACAUCGUAAUUCCUCUCAGCGGAGGAUAACUUCCUGGAGAAGAAGGCACAAGGAUGUGAUUUUGGAGGUGUUCCCACCCGUUGAUAGAGUAUGGCUCCUACUCCUACUUCGGAGGCAUCCACCUCCAGGGUGAAAGGAAGGGUCGGAUCAGGUUGGCAAAGAACAGGAGCUGAGGUGAAGAGGCGUUUCAAUGUGUUGAAAGCAUCAGGGCGGUAUCAGUCCAUUGAAGGGUCCGGGUAUUUUGGCUGGUAAGGGCAGUGAGGGGAGCGGCAGUAGAACUGAAGUUCCAAAUGAAACGGCGAUAGUAGUUGGAGAACCCAAUGAAACGUUAGAGUUCCUUAACGGUGGUGGGUUUGGGCCAGUUACUGACAGCCGUGACUUUGUUCUCAUCCCAUGCUGACCCCUCCAGGUGUCAGUACGAACCCGAGGAAGUUUACCGAGGUUACAUGGAAGGUGCUCUUUUCAGUCUUCACAUAAAGGUAAUGGUCAAGGAGCCGUUGAAGAACCCUUUGUACAUGAUGUAUGUGUUCCUUCAGGGAGUAGGAGUAAAUCAGGAUGUCAUCAAUGUAGACGAUGAGAAAGCGUUUGAUCAUAUCCUGGAAAACCUCGUUCAUAAAGGAUUGGAAGACGGCAGGGGGCGUUAGUAAGGCCGUAGGGCAUGACCAGGUAUUCGUAGUGGCCUCGUGCGGUGAUAAAGGCAGUCUUCCAUUCGACGCCUUUACGUAUACGGACAAGGUUAUAAGCACUUCGCAGGUCGAGUUUUGUAUAGAUGUUGGCGCGGCCCACUUGUUCAAUGGUUGCUGGGAUCAGAGGAAGAGGGAAACGGUUCUUGACCGUAACGUCAUUCAGGGAACGGUAAUCAAUACAUGGACGGAGACCACCAUCCUUUUUUUCAACGAAGAAGAAGCUGGACGCAGCUGGGGAAGAAGAAGGACGAAUGAAAACGUUUUUGAGUGUUUCAUCAAUGUAGUUCUCCAUUGCCUCAUUUUCCGGGAUAGAUAGGGGGUAAACACGGCCCUUCGGUGGGGACACUCCAGGGAGUAAGUCAAUAGCACAGUCCCCUGGGCGAUGUGGUGGCAGAGUGGAGGCCUUGAUUUUGCUAAAGACAUUGCUGUACUGGGCGUAUUCAGAUGGUAUGGUGGGUGGCACUGCAGAGGCAGAGUCCUCAAUGGUGGUGGCUCAGCAGGGUAGGCUGAGACAACUGGUGAAGCAGGUAGAAGUCCAGGACAGUAGUUCACCUAGUCGCCACCAGAUGGCAGGGUCAUGACGACAAAGCCAGGGGUGUCCGAGGAUGAGUGGCUGUUUAGGGGAUGAGAGUUCCAUGAGUUGAAUGGUUUUGGUGUGGAAAACUCCAAUCUGGAGGGUAACGCUCUGUGUCAGGUGCGUAAUGAAGCCCAUGCCCAAUGGCUGUUAGAUCAAUGUCAAGCUCUUGUACUAGCUGGUGAUCGAUAAAAUUACCUGCUGCUCCCGAAUCUAUCAAGCCCUCUACGUACUUAGUAACCCCCUUCACGGUUAUCAAUACUGGGAUGGAGAAUUGCUUCUGUGAGCUAUUUAGAAAUAAGGACAUGCCUACCUGCAUGGCAGCGGAGGGACCCUUCUCAUCUCUCCGUGGGGGGCGAUCAGGGCAAUGGCUGAGUAGAUGAUCUUUCCCGCCACAGUAUAGGCAGAGCCCUUUUUGGAUCCGCCUUUGACGUUUGAUUUUAUGAUUAUGUAUGUCGUCAUACACUUGUAGAAUAACUGGAACUGGUGGGUAGUCACUCCUAUCUGUGCAGUAAUGGAUAUAAGGGAGAAGUAUACUACCAUGGGAGAUUGGUGGGGUGUGUGUGUGUGUUUGUGUGUGUGUGUGUGUGUGUGUGUGUGUGUGUGUGUUUGUGUUUGUGUGUGGUGUUUGUGGUUUGUGUGUGUGUGUUUGGUGUGUGUGUGUGUGUGUGUGGUGGUGUGGUGUGUGUGUGUGUGUGUGUGUGGUGUGUGUGUGUGUGUGUGUGUGUGUGUGUGUGUGUGUGUGUGUGUGUGUGUGUGUUUGUGUGUGUGUGUGUGUGUGUGUGUGGUUGUGUGUGUGUGUUUGUGUGCCGGAGAGGGGGAAUCAUCUGACUGAAAGUCAUCAGACUGGCCUAAAGGGAACAAACUAGAAGCAUCUCUUAGAGGAAUCUAGUGGCUCUGUAAGACAGAGGCUGCACCCCCCUAUCCACGUCGACGGGACCGCAGUGGAAGAAGGUGGAAAGCUUCAAGUUCCUUGGCGGACACAUCACUGACAAACUGAAAUGGACCACCCACACAGACAGUGUGGUGAAGAAGGCGCAACAGAGCCUCUUUAACAUCAGUGGUUGUCCCACUGGCUAUCAUAAGGUGAAUGCACCAGUUUGUAAGUCGCUCUGGAUAAGAGCGUCUGCUAAAUGACAUAAAUGUAAAUGUAAAUGUAAAGAAAUUUGUCUUGGCACUUAAAACCCUCACAAACUUUUACAGAUGCACAAUUGAGAGCAUCCUGUCGGGCUGUAUCACCACCUGGUACGGCAACUGCACCGCCCGCAACCGCAGGGCUCUCCAGAGGAUGGUACAGUCUGCCGAACGCAUUAUCGGGGGCAAACUACCUGCCUUCCAAGACACAUACAGCACCCUAUGUCACAGGAAGGCCAAAAAGAUCAUCAAGGACAUCAACCACCCGAGCCACUGCCUGUUCACCCCACUGUCAUCCAGAAGGCGAGGUCAGUACAGGUGCAUCAAAGCUGGGACCAAGAGAAUGAAAAACAGCUUCUAUCUCAAGGCCAUCAGACUGUUAAAUAGCCAUCACUAGCACAUUGGGCUCCCGAGUGGCGCAGCAGUCUAAGGCACUGCAUCUCAGUGCUUGAGUCGUCACUACAGACCCCCUGGUUCGAUUCCAGGCUGUAUCACAACCGGCCGUGAUUGGGAGUCCCAUAGGGCAGCGCACAAUUGGCCCAGCGUCGUCCGGGUUUGGCCGGUGUAGGCCGUCAUUGUAAAUAAGAAUUUGUUGUUAACUGACUUGCCUGGAAAAAUUAAUAAAAUAAACAUUAGAGGCUGCUGCUUAUUGAAAUCACUGGCCACUUUAAGAAAUUGAACAUUAGUCACUUUAAUUCUUUUUACAGUCACUUUAAUAAUUUUUACUUGCACUACUCAUCUCAUAUGUACUGUACAUACUGCAUUAUAUUCUAUAAUAUUCUACUGUAUCUUAGUCCAUACCGCUCUGUCAUUGCUUGUCCAUAUAUGUAUAUUUUCUUAAAUUCCAUUCCUUUCUUGUUUUGUGUGUAUUGGGUAUAUGUUGUGAUAUUGUUAGAUAUUACUUGUUACAUAUUACGCACUGUCGGAGCUAGAAGCACAAGUAUUUCGCUACACCCGCUAUGACAUCUGCUACACAUGUGUAUGUGACAAAUAACAUUUGAUUUGAUUUUAAUAAUGUUUACAUAUCUCACAUUACUCAUCUUUUAUGUAUACACUGUAUUCUAUACUAUUCUACUGUAUCUUAGUCCAUGCCGCUCUGACAUCGCUCGUCCAUAUAUGUAUAUAUUCUUAAUUCAUUCCUUAAUUAUAUUUGUGUGUAUUGGGUAUAUGUUGUGAAAUUGUUAGAUAUUACUUGUUAGAAAUUACUGCACUGUUGGAGCUAGAAGCACAAACAUUUCCCUCCACCCGCAAUAACAUCUGCUAAACACGUGUAUGUGACCAAGACAAUUUGAUUUGAUUUGAUAUCAUGUUGUAAGGCAGUGUGUGUAUCAUGUUGUAAGGCAGUGUGUAUAUCAUGUUGUAAGGCAGUGUGUAUAUCAUGUUGUAAGGCAGUGUGUGUAUCAUGUUGUAAGGCAGUGUGUGUAUCAUGCUGUCAGACAGUGUGUGUAUCAUGUUGUAAGGCAGCGUGUGUAUCAUGUUGUAAGGCAGUGUGUGUAUCAUGUUGUAAGGCAGUGUGUGUAUCAUGUUGUAAGGCAGUGUGUGUAUCAUGUUGUAAGGCAGUGUGUGUAUCAUGUUGUAAGGCAGUGUGUGUAUCAUGUUGUAAGGCAGUGUGUGUAUCAUGUUGUAAGGCAGUGUGUGUAUACAUGUUGUAAGGCAGUGUGUUGUCAUGUUGUAAAACAGUGUGUGUGUCAUGUUGUAAGGCAGUGUGUGUAUCAUGUUGUAAAACAGUGUGUGUGUCAUGUUGUAAAACAGUGUGUGUAUCAUGUUGUAAGGCAGUGUGUGUAUCAUGUUGUAAGGCAGUGUGUGUAUCAUGUUGUAAGGAAGUGUGUGUAUCAUGUUGUAAGGAAGUGUGUGUAUCAUGUUGUAAGGCAGUGUGUGUAGAUCAUGUUGUAAGGCAGUGUGUGUAUCAUGUUGUAAGGCAGUGUGUGUAUCAUGUUGUAAGGCAGUGUGUGUAUCAUGUUGUAAGGCAGUGUGUGUAUCAUGUUGUAAGGCAGUGUGUGUAUCAUGUUGUAAGGCAGUGUGUGUAUCAUGCUGUCAGACAGUCUGUGUAUCAUGUUGUAAGGCAGCGUGUGUAUCAUGUUGUAAGGCAGUGUGUGUAUCAUGUUGUAAGGCAGUGUGUAUAUCAUGUUGUAAGGCAGUGUGUGUAUCAUGUUGUAAGGCAGUGUGUGUAUCAUGUUGUAAGGCAGUGUGUGUAUCAUGUUGUAAGGCAGUGUGUGUAUCAUGUUGUAAGGCAGUGUGUGUAUCAUGUUGUAAGGUAGUGUGUAUAUCAUGUUGUAAGGCAGUGUGUAUAUCAUGUUGUAAGGCAGUGUGUAUAUCAUGUUGUAAGGCAGUGUGUAUAUCAUGUUGUAAGGCAGUGUGUAUAUCAUGUUGUACAGGCUUUGGUUUCCCAAAUUGAUUAUUUCAAAACAGAAACUUGUGUGAACUCGACUGCAGUGGAACGUAGCGAAUAUAACUAAGCCUAAUAAGGAUCAUGCAAGGUGUUAUACUGAACAAGAAUAUGAACACAACAUACAACAAUUUCAAAGAUUUUACUGAAUUACAGUUCAUAUAAGGAAAUCGGUCAAUUGAAAUAAAUGCAUUAGGCCCUAAUCUAUGGAUUUCACAUGACUGGGAAUACAGAUAUGUAUCUGUUGGUCACAGAUACCUUAAGAAAAAGGUAGGGGCGUGGAUCAGAAAACCAGUCAGUAUCUGUUGUGACCACUAUUUGCCUCAUGCAGCGCGACAUAUCUCUUUCGCAUAGAGUUGAUCAGGCUGUUUAUUGUGGCCUGUGGAAUGUUAUCCCACUCCUCUUCAAUGGCUGUGCGUAGUUGCAGGAUAUUGGCGGGAACUGGAACACGCUGUCGUACACAUCGAUCCAGAGCAUCCCAAACAUGCUCAAUGGGUGACAUGUCUGAUGAGUAUGCAGGCCAUGGAAGAACUGGGACAUAUUCAGCUUCCAGGGAUGGUGUACUGAUCCUUGCAACACGGGGCCGUGCAUUAUCAUGCUUAAAAAAUAGGUGAUGGCGGCGGAUGAAUGGCACGACAAUGGUCCUCAGGUUGUCGUCACGGUAUCUCUGUGCAUUCAAAUUGCCAUCUAUAAAAUGCAAUUCUGUUGUUUGUCCAUAGCUUAUGACUGCCCAUACCAUAACCCCACUGCCACAAUGGGGCACUCUGUUCACAACAUUGACAUCAGCAAACCGCUUGCCCACACAACGCCAUACACAUGGUCUGCGGUUGUGAGGCCGGUUGGACGUUCUGCCAAAUUCUAUAAAACGACUUUGGAGGUGGCUUAUGGGAGAGAAAUGAACAUUCAAUUCUCUGGCAACAGCUCUGGUGGACAUUACUGCAGUCAGCAUGCCAAUUGCACGCCCCCUCAAAACCUUAUACAUCUGUGGCAUUGUGUUGGGUGACAAAACUGCACAUUUUAGUGGCCUUUUAUUGUCCCCAGCACAAGGUGAACCUGUGUAAUGAUCAUGCUGUUUAAUCAGCUUAUUGAUAUGCCACACCUGUCAGGUGGAUGGAUUAUCUUGGCAAAGGAGAAAUGCUCACGAACAGGGAUGUAAACAAAUUUGUGCACAACAUUUGAGAGAAAUAAGCUUUUUGUGCAUAUGGAACAUUUCUGGGAUCUAUUAUUUCAGCUCAUGAAACAUGGGACCAACACUUUACAUGUUGCAUUGAUAUUUAUGUUCAGUGUAACUUAUUCCUAAUUAGUGCCUUUUGGUCUGCACCCUCCAUCCCUCACCCAGACCCUACAGGGUAUUAUAAAGGGCUAAAAGAAAUGCCCUAACCCAGACCCAGGGCUGAAUUAAAGCUGCAUGUGUUGGACAAUAAUUAAAAAGCUGCUUAGAGAGAGAGAGAGAGAGAGAGAGAAGAGGAGAGAGAGAGGAGAGAGAGAGCAAGAGAGAGAGAGAGAGGAGAGAGCAGAUAGAGAGAGAGAUAGAGAGAUAGAGGUAAGAGAUAGCGAGACCUCGAGAUUAGAUAUCGCUCAUCGAUAGGAGAGAGCUCGACUAGAUAUAUCAUCUGAUCUCGUCUCCUCUCUCUCUCUAUAUGCUCCUCUCUCUCAUCUAUCUCUGUUCUCUAUCAUCGCUCUCUUCUCUCCCUCUCGCUCGUCUCCCUCGCUCGUCUCGCGCUCUCGCCGCUCGGCUCUUCUCCUACUCCCGCGUCUCGCUCGCGCGCCAGCUUGCGGCACUAAGCUACAGAAAGCUCGAGAGAGAGAGAGAGAGAGAGAGAGAUUGUGUGGUGUGUGUGUGUCUGUUUGUCUGUCAGUCUGUGUGUCUGUCUGUCUGUGUACAGUGAAACAGCUUCUUGUUUGCCACUAGCCUGUGUACCGUGUGUGUACAGUAACUGUCUUUGUAUUUGAUUAGUGCAGCUAAUGAUGACUGUACUGUACAUUAACUUUACACAAGCACUGUAUCUGCAAAUUGAAAGAGGUAGCCCUCAGCAGUAAGUGACUUGCUGUAAUAGAGUUUAGGGCCUGUCUCUGUCCUGAUCUGGGCUCAAACAUGGGACCUUCUGCAUAACAACCCUUCAUGGUCCUGUGUGGCUCAGUUGGUAAGAGCCUGAUGCUAGCAACACCAGGGUGGUGGGUUCGAUGUUUGCUGUGACCACCCAUAUAAAAAAUUUACACGCUCAGUUGUAAGUCGCUUAGGAUAAAAGCUUCUGCUAAAUGCAUAUGUUAUGUUACACACAGUUGAAGUCGGAGGUUUACAUACACUUAGGUUGUAGUCAUUAAAACUUGUUUUUCAACCACUCCACAUGUUUCUUGUUAACAAACUAUAGUUUUGGCAAGUCGGUUAGGAGAUCUACUUUGUGCAUGACACAAGUAAUCUUUCCAACAAUUGUUUACAGACAGAUUAUUUCACUUAUAAUUCACUGUAUCACAAUUCCAGUGGCUCAGAAGUUUACAUACACUAAGUUGACUGUGCCUUUCAACAGCUUGGGAAAUUCCAGAAAAUGAUGUCAUGGCUUUAGAAGCUUCUGAUAGGCUAAUUGACAUAAUUUGAGUCAAUUGGAGAUGUACCUGUGGAUGUAUUUCAAGGCCUACCUUCAAACUCAGUGCCUCUUUGCUUGACAUCAUGGGAAAAUCAAAAGAAAUCAGCCAAGACCUCAGAAAAAAAUGUGUAGACCUCCACAAGUCUGGUUCAUCCUUGGGAGCAAUUUCCAAAACGCCUGAAGGUACCACGUUCAUCUGUACAAACAAUAGUACACAAGGCUAAACAGCAUGGGACCACGCAGCCGUCAUACCGCUCAGGAAGGAGACGCGUUCUGUCUCCUAGAGAUUAAUGUACUUUGGUGUGAAAAGUGCAAAUCAAUCCCAGAACAACAGCAAAGGAUCUUGUGAAGAUGCUGGAGGAAACAGGUACAAAAGUAUCUAUAUCCACAGUAAAACGAGUCCUAUAUCGACAUAACCUGAAAGGCCGCUAGGCAAGGAAGAAGCCACUGCUCCAAAACCGGCAUUAAAAAGCCAGACUACUGUUUGCAACUGCACAUGGGGAUGAAGAUCGUACUUUUUGGAGAAAUGUCCUCUGGUCUGAUGAAACAAUAAUAGGGCAGUUUGGCCAUAAUGACCAUCGUUAUGUUUGGAGGAAAAAGGGGGUAACUUGCAAGCCGAAGAACACCAUCCCAACCGUGAAACAUGGGGGUGGCAGCAUCAUGCUGUGGGGGUGCUUUGCUGCAGGAGGGACUGGUGCACUUCACAAAAUAGAUGGCAUCAUGAGGAAGGAAAAUUAUGUGGAUAUAUUGAAGCAACAUCUCAAGACAUCAGUCAGGAAGUUAAAGCUUGGUCGCAAAUGGGUCUUCCAAAUGGACAAUGACCCCAAGCAUACUUCCAAAGUUGUGGCAAAAUGGCUUAAGGACAACAAAGUCAAAGUAUUGGAGUGGCCAUCACAAAGCCCUGACCUCAAUCCUAUAGAAAAUGUGUGGGCAGAACUGAAAAAGCAUGUGGGAGCAAGGAGGCUUACAAACCUGACUCAGUUACACCAGCUCUGUCAGGAGGAAUGGGCCAAAAUUCACCCAACUUAUUGUGGAAGGCUACCCGAAACGUUUGACCCAAGUUAAUCAAUUUAAAGGCAAUGUUACCAAAUACUAAUUGACUGUAUGUAAACUUCUAACCCACUGGGAAUGUGUUGAAAGAAAUAAAAGCUUAAAUAAAUCAUUCUCUAUUAUUCUGACAUUUCACAUUCUUAAAAUAAAGUGGUGAUCCUAACUGACCUAAAACAGGGAAUUUUUACUAGGAUUAAAUGUCAGGAAUUGUGAAAAACUGAGUUUAAAUGUAUUUGGCAACUUCUGACUUCAACUAUAUGUCAAGCAGCACCGUCAAUACCAGUGACCCAGAAAAAGCCCAGGCGUUUCUAUGUCUUGGGCUACAAUACUUCUAGGUCUAUUACUGCACUGCACACGCAGCUAACUACUUACCAGUGCCACGUCAGCUGCAGGGUCAUUCCAUGAAAUUAGUCUCUUUUGGGUAUUGUGAUAAAAAAACAUUUUUAUUUCACAGAAUUUCUACAUUCUUUCAUGAAGAGCACAUAUUCAACUUAAAAAACAAACAUGUUUUCCCAUCUCAAGAGGUUAAAUGACUUUAGUAAGAGCCUAUUAAGUGCCAAAUAAAGUAACAGGGUUGACCAUAACAGGGUUGACUGUAACAGGGUUGAUGAUUUCUUCCUAAAUCAGCCAUAAAUCCCCUCGUGACAAGGGGAAUGGAAGCUUGUUGUGUGCAACAGGGAGGGGCAAUUAAAUGCAAGCUUCACCCCAAAAAUUAUAUUGUAAAAAAUAUAUAUAUAUAUAUAUCUAUGUUUAACAGGGUUGACAUGUUAUGCUCGAACAGCUCAGCUUAGUUUUACCUUAAAAUGAAUCACUAAUCACUUGAAAUAAAUAAUAAUCUUGAGAAAUGACUUUGGCAAAGCAACAAAAUAACUUUACAAUGAUGGUGAAAACUUGGAGAGAUUUUGGUGCACAGAUGGUGCACAGACCCACUGGACAAAAACUGGUUGAGUCAACGUUGUUACAACGUAAUUUGUCAACGUGUAUUGACGUGGAAUCUGCGUGGAAAAUACAUUGGUUUAAAAAAUUGUUUUGAGGGUAAAAUUUCAACCACAGGAUCAUGUCAUGAUACACUGCUCAAAAAAAUUAAGGGAACACUAAAAAAACACAUCCUAGAUCUGAAUGAAUGAAAUAAUCUUAUUAAAUACUUUUUUCUUUACAUAGUUGAAUGUGCUGACAACAAAAUCACACAAAAAUGAUCAAUGGAAAUCAACCCAUGGAGGUCUAGAUUUGGAGUCACCCUCAAAAUUAAAGUGGAAAACCACACUACAGGCUAUCCAACUUUGAUGUAAUGUCCUUAAAACAAGUCAAAAUUAGGCUCAGUAGUGUGUGUGGCCUCCACGUGCCUGUAUGACCUCCCUACAACGCCUGGGCAUGCUCCUGAUGAGGUGGCGGAUGGUCUCCUGAGGGAUCUCCUCCCAGACCUGGACUAAAGCAUCCGCCAACUCCUGGACAGUCUGUGGUGCAACGUGGCGUUGGUGGAUGGAGCGAGACAUGAUUUCCCAGAUGUGCUCAAUUGGAUUCAGGUCUGGGGAACGGGCGGGCCAGUCCAUAGCAUCAAUGCCUUCCUCUUGCAGGAACUGCUGACACACUCCAGCCACAUGAGGUCUAGCAUUGUCUUGCAUUAGGAGGAACCCAGGGCCAACCGCACCAGCAUAUGGUCUCACAAGGGGUCUGAGGAUCUCAUCUCGGUACCUAAUUGCAGUCAGGCUACCUCUGGCGAGCACAUGGAGGGCUGUGCGGCCCCCCAAAGAAAUGCCACCCCACACCAUGACUGACCCACCGCCAAACCGGUCAUGCUGGAGGAUGUUGCAGGCAGCAGAAUGUUCUCCACGGCGUCUCCAGACUCUGUCACAUCUGUCACGUGCUCAGUGUGAACCUGCUUUCAUCUGUGAAGAGCACAGGGCACCAGUGGCGAAUUUGCCAAUCUUGGUGUUCUCUGGCAAAUGCCAAACGUCCUGCACGGUGUUGGGCUGUAAGCACAACCCCCACCUGUGGACGUCGGGCCCUCAUACCACCCUCAUGGAGUCUGUUUCUGACCGUUUGAGCAGACACAUGCACAUUUGUGGCCUGCUGGAGGUCAUUUUGCAGGGCUCUGGCAGUGCUCCUCCUGCUCCUCCUUGCACAAAGGCGGAGGUAGCGGUCCUGCUGCUGGGUUGUUGCCCUCCUACGGCCUCCUUCACGUCUCCUGAUGUACUGGCCUGUCUCCUGGUAGCGCCUCCAUGCUCUGGACACUACGCUGACAGACACAGCAAACCUUCUUGCCACAGCUCGCAUUGAUGUGCCAUCCUGGAUGAGCUGCACUACCUGAGCCACUUGUGUGGGUUGUAGACUCCAUCUCAUGCUACCACUAGAGUGAAAGCACCGCCAGCAUUCAAAAGUGACCAAAACAUCAGCCAGGAAGCAUAGGAACUGAGAAGUGGUCUGUGGUCACCACCUGCAAAACCAGUCCUUUAUUGGGGGUGUCUUGCUAAUUGCCUAUAAUUUCCACCUGUUGUCUAUUCCAUUUGCACAACAGCAUGUGAAAUGUAUUGUCAAUCAGUGUUGCUUCCUAAGUGGACAGUUUGAUUUCACAGAAGUGUGAUUGACUUGGAGUUACAUUGUGUUGUUUAAGCGUUCCUUUUAUUUUUUUGAGCAGUGUAUUAACAAAAUCUGAACAUAAACAAAUCUUGUAUAAGAUAUGAUGAAUUUGUACCUUAAAAACAAUUAUAUCCACUAUCCUCCUACUUGAGAAUGUAUCUAUCUACAGCUAUCCUUCGGUCUCCCAGCCAAGGUUUUAAUCAAGUCCAGCCCUGCUUAGCUAUGAUAUUUGUCACUGACUAUAACCAAUGCGCUAUUGUGAGAAUGCUUAUUGAGAGAUCUACACUUAAAAUAGAUUCACUGUUGCUAUCAAAGUCAUUCCAACGGGGUAGGUUUAUUAACGGGGCAAAUUAAAUGUGACCAUACAACAGCUAUAGUUUCAAUUCAACCCAGAAUUCAACGAAACAAAAAAUCAGACAUUGUUUUUCCAUUGGAAUUUGGUUGUACUUUUAGAUGUUUGAAAGCAUAGUGAUAACACAUUAAAAAAUUCAACUAACUUGUGGCUGUCUUUUUGAGUGGGUGAUUAUAGGUUGUAAUCUCAUUGAUCAACAUCUCAACCAAAUAGAUUGAUUACCCAAUUAUCUACCUUGAAAUGACGUAGUGUGCCCAGUGGGGAGGGACAUGUUAAAAGCCUGAAUUUUAGCACAUUAGUAAGUCUUUAUUCAUAUUAAAAAUCAGAUUUAUUGAAUUUUCCAUGUGGUGUAUAUUAAACAGCACUUCAUUUCAUAUAACAUGCUUUUAAAUUCAAUAUUGUUGGACAGUUUGUACUUAGAAUAUCAGAGGGCCGAAAAAGGGACUCAUUUCGUGGAAUGACCCUACAAUAGACGUGGCAAAAAUAAAAAAGCUGAUUAGCAAGUUUGGUUUCUGUUUUUUUGACAGCUUUUCAAAACAGGCUUUAUUUCGGAUUUACUUUGAUUAAGCAUGUAGACUCAUGGUCAUGGUUUCUCUUCACGUCGCCAGCUGUUUGGACGCUAGCUUUUUCCCACAAUGCAGUCUGUUGCUGUUGUUUCUAGAUAUUGCUUUACACAGACAGACUUAGGGAGUAAACACACGUUGUUUAAGGAUUCAGUACAUUACAGAACAGUAUGUGAUUUAAAUGCAGAUGCUGAGGAAACUUCUUCUGGAGGCCUCUAGCUUGAUAUCUUGACAAACAGUGUAAUAUUACUUGAGAAGUAAACAGAAUUGGUGUUAAGUAUGGCAAGAUUUCAUGGAGUAGAGAGGAGAUUCAGCAACUCUUGGAGGACAGUGGAAUUAAAUAAAAAAGUAUCUUUAUUAUUAAAAGUAGAAACAACACAUUUCAAGAUUUAUGUAAGUGAACUGUUAAUUUAUGAUGCUGAGGCCUGCUGUGUUCUGGAAGUUAAGUUCCUUGGGUUCCUGGGUUUAUUACUUUGACCCCAGAUCAAGGUAGGGUCAGGUGCAAGUAUUCUAGCCAGUCACAGGGUCGCGACUCAGACAUAUAACAUGAGCUAACUCACAGCUCCUAGGAAUUCAGUUUGUGGGAUUCAGGGAAUCAAAUUUUUAUACUUGGUCAAAUCUUUCUCAGGAAGUCUCCCCAUGGCCUCUGUCACACCUGGGUUCAAAUACUAUUCGUAAUCAUUUCAAAUACUCGAUUGAGGCUUGAUUGAGCUUGCCUGGUUCACUGGAAUUAAUAGAAAAGUUGUAAAAAGAGAAACUCCUGCCCAUAUGACACUACCAGGCAGGGUAAAGCAAACGUUCAAAAGUAUUUAAAAUAUUUCAAAUCAUAUUUGAAUCCAGGUCUGGCCUAUGUUUACACAGUCAGCCCAAUUCUGAUAUGUUAUUCACUAAUUGGUCUUUGGACCAAUCACAUCAGAUAUUUUUCAGAGCUGAUCUGAUUAGUCAAAAGACCAAUUAGUGAAAAAAAAUAUCAGAAUUGGGCUUUCUGUGUAAACACAGCCUCAAUUGAAAACAAUGGGGCGAGGUGAUGAUGAGCUAUCUAGUUGUUCUGAACUGUGACCCAGUUUGGUGCUGAAAGUUUUACAGAAACAAAGGGGCUAUUAUAUUCUACUACAGCAACCUCCUGCCCAACCCACCCAGCAUAAUUACUCAGUGAGAAUUGGCACAGAUAAUUGAUUGUGUUUUUGGCAGGCAGGAACAGAUGUAAGGCUGUAUUCCAAAAUCCACCUGCAUCAUUAUAAUUUGCAAAUAGGCUAUGUCUGAGCUGGAUUAGCUUGAGGAAAAUGGAAAAUGAUAGGUUGUAGGUGUUACAUUUUAAAUUAAUACAUUAAUUCAAUCAAUUUAGACCCAUCAGACUUUUUGGUGACUGUUGAGGUAUUGUUGGAUCUGUAAGCAGCUUCUCCAUUAUCUAUGUGAAUGAUUAAAUGUUUGAUUGAAUAAAUUAAUGAAAGAAUGAAUGAAUGAACUGGCCUCGCUCCCAGGAAGACUGUUGCUGAAAUGUAGUUUGUCGUAGGCAAAAAUUGGAAAGGUCAUAUUGAAAAAGGCUAAGGAAUCAACAUAAGUUGAUGACAACAUACUGUAUGUUAAUGACGUUGAUGAAAACAUAAGUUAAUGACAUGAACAUCAUUUGAAGUGAUGUCUCAGUUACGACUUUGCAGGAAACAUUUCUCCAGAAGCAGAAUCUCCGCACCGUGAUGCAACUAUCAGUCAUAUUUUCAGCAUUAAGAAGCACAGGACAUCUGAGGUGAAGUUGCUGCUGUUGAAAAUAUUUGAAUAGAAAUGUGAAUGACGUAUGCCAAUGCUGAACCACUGAUACCUCAGAUCAGUGUCUUUGUGCUUCCUCUCUGAUGGACAGAACUAGAGAUGUUAUGCCCUGGUCUACCUGAAGCGACGUCUUUGUGUUCAACUCUGAUGGACAGAAAUAGAGAUGUUAUGCCCUGGACUAUCUGAAGUGACGUCUUUGUGUUCAACUCUGAUGGACAGAAAUAGAGAUGUUAUGCCCUGGACUAUCUGAAGUGACGUCUUUGUGUUCAACUCUGAUGGACAGAAAUAGAGAUGUUAUGCCCUGGUCUACCUGAAGCGACGUCUUUGUGUUCAACUCUGAUGGACAGAAAUAGAGAUGCUAUGCCCUGGUCUACCUGAAGCGACGUCUUUGUGUUCAACUCAGCCUGUUGAAGAAAGGAUAGUACCGAUCUCACUGAUGACAACCGCCAUCACUGCAGGGCUAUUUUCAUCCCUAACAAUGUAGUCCGGAGACUGAUGCUGAUGCUCACCUGUUUCCCAUUAAUUGUCCUGAGUUUUUGCCAUGAGGCUGAAUAUGUCAUAGUCAUGAGAUUAUGACUCAUGAGAUUGAAGACCUCUUUUAAUCAUGGUUUUGUGAAGACUGCCAACGGAGAGCAACAACGAGCGAGGACUCGGUGCUCAGCAUUCUUAGACCAGGCACUUGUUAGUCCGAUUUUCUUUUGAUAUUUUUCUUUUCUUGACCUCUUUCCUACCUCUUUUUUUCUCUCUCUCUCUCUUCUUUUCUCCCUCUCUUUAGAUGUUCCUGGCGGCCCUGUCCUUUGCCUACUUCUCUAAGGCCUUGUCUGGGAGUUACAUGAAAAGCACGAUAACCCAGCUGGAGAGGAGAUUUGAUAUCCCAAGUUAUUUGAUAGGUGUUAUCGACGGGAGCUUUGAAAUAGGUAAGUACUGUACCUGCCACCUACAUGUUUUGUUUGCUUCUCUACCUAGCUAUACGUUCUUCUUCUUCUUCUUCUUCUUCUUCUUCUUCUUCUUCUUCUUCUUCUUCUUCUUCUUCUUCUUCUUCUUCUUCUUCUUCUUCUUCUUCUUCUUCUACCUACUUAGCUAUUCAUACUGUAUGUUUCACGAAAUGUUAGGGUGCAUCAGGUGGAUGAGUGGGCCAAGAUUUACGUCUUCCGGAGCGUCAUCGUAGGGUCAACACUCUAUAUGCCAAUUCAUGAGCUUCUCUUUGAACGAACGUGGCGUUUGUUAUGGUGGGUUGUGUAAUACAACCUCAAAGAAAAUCCAGUUCCAUGGAUCAGUUCUGCACAUGACCCUGGUCUGUAGCACCAGUCACUGGGGUUUCAAUGGUGAUGUACGUUUCCAUAGGCAAUUGCAUCAAAAGCAGGGCUUCUUGUUGAAAUGGAGAACAUAAUAUUAUGUCCGCAUGCUGGAUCCUAUGGCUCAGUGUGUUAGAGUAUGGUGAUUGAGCAACAUCAGGGUUGUAGGUUGGUAUACUAUAUUAUACCCUGAUGAAUACAGCUUGUCUGUCCAAACGUUGGUUAUUAAAUGAUUUCAUUUGAGCUCCUAGAGUGUGAGGCUCUCCUUUUCUUUAUCAAGUGUUCUACUCCGCUUGCCAGCACCUCUCCUAAACAGGUGUUCUACUCCGCUAAGCAGCACCUCUCCUAAACAGGUGUUCUACUGUCACACCCUGGCUCUGGGACUCAUUAUGUUGAGCCAGGGUGUGUUCAUUCUAUGUUUUCUGUUUCUAUGUUGGGUGUUCUAGGUUGUUUAUUUCUAGGUUUGACUGAGUGACUCCCAAUCAGAGGCAACGAGUGUCAGCUGUGUGCUGGUUGUCUCUGAUUGGGAGCCAUAUUUAACUGUCUGUGUUUCACUUUGUGUUUGUGGGUUUUUGUUCCGUGUUCGGUCAUUGUCACUGAGGACUUCACGAGUCGUUUAUUGUUUUGUUAUUUUGUGUGUAUGCUUUAAUUUAAUAAAGUAAGUAUGUUCGCUACUAACGCUGCGCUUUGGUCCACUCCUUCAUACGACGUUCGUGACAGAAAAACCCCACCAUAAAAGGACCAAGCAGCGUGUCCAGGAGCAGGCAGACUGGACAUGGGAGGAAGCGCCAGGAAAGGAGAUGGAGAGGCUGGCGAUGGCCCGGGUGGGCAAAUCGUGGUCCUGGGAGGACAUGCUCGGGGGCAAGGGACCUUGGGGUAGGAUUAAGGCCCUGGCGAGAGAGGAGCAGCGGCGUCAGCAGUGCCAUCGUCGGACGGACGAGAGGCACCCCCAAUAAUUUUUUAGGGGGGGGGCACACGGCAUGGGCGACUGGGCAGCAGGAGGCUGCCACAGGGCGAAAUGGGAGACGAGGAGAGAAGGCCACCGGGUUACGGGAGCCAUUGGCGAGAGGAGGGAAGGAAGUUGUAGAGGCACGGCGAGAGGUACUGAGGUGUAUUGCCAGUCCGGUCCGGCCCGUUCCUGAUCCCCGUUUAAGGCCAGUGGUGUGUGUUCGCAAUACGGUCCGGCCUGUUCCUGCUCCACGCACCAAGCCUACGGUGUGCGUCGCCAGCCCAGUCCGGCCUGUCCCUGCUCCACGCACCAAGCCUACGGUGUGCGUCGACAGCCCAGCCCGGCCUGUCCCUGCUCCACGCACCAAACCUACGGUGUGCGUCGCCAGCCCAGCCCGGCCUGUUCCUGCUCCACGCACCAAGCCUACGGGGUGCGUCGCCAGCCCUGCCCGGCCUGUUCCUGCUCCACGCACCAAGCCUACGGUGUGCGUCGCCAGCCCUGCCCGGCCUGUUCCUGCUCCACGCACCAAGCCUACGGUGUGCGUCGCCAGCCCAGUCCGGCCUGUCCCUGCUCCACGCACCAAGCCUACGGUGUGCGUCGACAGCCCAGCCCGGCCUGUCCCUGCUCCACGCACCAAACCUACGGUGUGCGUCGCCAGCCCAGCCCGGCCCGUUCCUGCUCCACGCACCAAGCCUACGGUGUGCGUCGCCAGCCCUGCCCGGCCUGUUCCUGCUCCACGCACCAAGCCUACGGUGUGCGUCGCCAGCCCUGUCCGGCCUGUCCCUGCUCCACGCACCAAGCCUACGGUGUGCGUCGUCAGCCCAGCCCGGCCUGUCCCUGCUCCACGCACCAAGCCUACGGGGUGCGUCGCCAGCCCUGUCCGGCCUGUCCCUGCUCCACGCACCAAGCCUACGGUGUGCGUCGUCAGCCCAGCCCGGCCUGUCCCUGCUCCACGCACCAAGCCUACGGGGUGCGUCGCCAGCCCGGCCCGGCCUGUCCCUGCUCCACGCACCAAGUCUACGGUGCGCGUCGCCAGCCCGGCCCGGCCCGUUCCUGCCACUCGCACCAAGCCAGGGGUGCGAGUCGUCAGUCCGGCACAACCCGUGCCUGGGUCAUCGGUGCCAAUUCAGGUACCGCUCUACUGCUCCACUAAGGAGCUGAAGCCUACCGCUCCUGCUACGUCCAGUCCAGCUCCAGCCAGCGGGACCGGACCAGGGGCGCUAUGGGGGGUUUGUUGGAGGGUGGUGGGCAAGCCCGGAGCCGGAGCCGCCGCCGAGGAGGAAUGCCCACCCAGCCCUCCCCUGUUUUGCUCGUAUUUAGGCGCGGUCGCAGUCCGCGCCUUUAGGGGGGGGUAACUGUCACACCCUGGCUCUGGGACUCAUUUGUUGAGCCAGGGUGUGUUCAUUCUAUGUUUUCUGUUUCUAUGUUGGGUGUUCUAGGUUGUUUAUUUCUAGGUUUGACUGAGUGACUCCCAAUCAGAGGCAACGAGUGUCAGCUGUGUGCUGGUUGUCUCUGAUUGGGAGCCAUAUUUAACUGUCUGUGUUUCACUUUGUGUUUGUGGGUUUUUGUUCCGUGUUCGGUCAUUGUCACUGAGGACUUCACGAGUCGUUUAUUGUUUUGUUAUUUCGUGUGUAUGCUUUAAUUUAAUAAAGCAAGUAUGUUCGCUACUAACGCUGCGCUUUGGUCCACUCCUUCAUACGACGUUCGUGACAUCUACUCUGCCAGCCAGCACCUCUCCUAAACAGGUGUUCUACUCUGCUUCCCAGCACCUCUCCUAAACAGGUGUUCUACUCUGCCAGCCAGCACCUCUCCUAAACAGGUGUUCUACUCUGCCAGCCCGCACCCUUCCUAAACAGGUGUUCUACUCUGCCAGCCAGCACCUCUCCUAAACAGGUGUUCUACUCCGCUAGCCAGCACCUCCCCUAAACAGGUGUUUACUCUGCUAGCCAGCCACCUCUCCUAAACAGGUGUUCUACUCCGCUAACCAGCACCUCUCCUAAACAUGUGUUCUACUCUGUCAGCCAGCACCUCCCCUAAACAGGUGUUCUACUCUGCCAGCCAGCACCUCUUCUAAACAGGUGUUCUACUCUGCCAGCCAGCACCUCCCCUAAACAGGUGUUCUACUCUGUCAGCCAGCACCUCCCCUAAACAGGUGUUCCACUCUGCCAGCCAGCACCUCCCCUAAACAGGUGUUCUACUCUGCCAGCCAGCACCUCCCCUAAACAGGUGUUCUACUCUGCCAGCCAGCACCUCCCCUAAACAGGUGUUCUACUCUGCCAGCCAGCACCUCCCCUAAACAGGUGUUCUACUCCGCUAACCAGCACCUCCCCUAAACAGGUGUUCUACUCCGCUAGCCAGCACCUCCCCUAAACAGGUGUUCUACUCCGCUAACCAGCACCUCCCCUAAACAGGUGUUCUACUCCGCUAGCCAGCACCUCCCCUAAACGGGUGUUCUACUCUGCUAGCCAGCACCUCUCCUAAACAGGUGUUCUACUCUGCUAGCCAGCACCUCUCCUAAACAGGUGUUCUACUCCGCUAGCCAGCACCUCUCCUAAACAGGUGUUCUACUCCGCUAACCAGCACCUCCCCUAAACAGGUGUUCUACUCCGCUAGCCAGCACCUCCCCUAAACAGAUGUUUUACUCCGCUAACCAGCACCUCCCCUAAACAGGUGUUCUACUCCGCUAGCCAGCACCUCUCCUAAACAGGUGUUCUACUCCGCUAGCCAGCACCUCUCCUAAACAGGUGUUCUACUCUGCUAGCCAGCACCUCUCCUAAACAGGUGUUCUACUCCGCUAGCCAGCACCUCUCCUAAACAGGUGUUCUACUCUGCCAGCCAGCACCUCUCCUAAAUAGGUAUUCUACUCUGCUUCCCAGCACCUCUCCUAAACAGGUGUUCUACUCCGCUAGCCAGCACCUCUCCUAAACAGGUGUUCUACUCUGCCAGCCAGCACCUCCCCUAAACAGGUGUUCUACUCUGCCAGCCAGCACCUCCCCUAAACAGGUGUUCUACUCUGCCAGCCAGCACCUCUCCUAAACAGGUGUUCUACUCUGCUUCCCAGCACCUCUCCUAAACAGGUGUUCUACUCCGCUAACCAGCACCUCUCCUAAACAGGUGUUCUACUCUGCCAGUCAGCACCUCUUCUAAACAGGUGUUCUAUUCUGCCAGCCAGCACCUCCCCUAAACAGGUGUUCUACUCUGCCAGCCAGCACCUCCCCUAAACAGGUGUUCUACUCCGCUAGCCAGCACCUCUCCUAAACAGUUGUUCUACUCUGCCAGCCAGCACCUCUCCUAAACAGGUGUUCUACUCCGCUAACCAGCACCUCUCCUAAACAGGUGUUCUACUCUGCCAGCCAGCACCUCUUCUAAACAGGUGUUCUAUUCUGCCAGCCAGCACCUCCCCUAAACAGGUGUUCUACUCUGCCAGUCAGCACCUCCCCUAAACAGGUGUUCUACUCUGCCAGCCAGCACAUCCCCUAAACAGGUGUUCUACUCUGCCAGCCAGCACCUCUCCUAAACAGGUGUUCUACUCUGCCAGCCAGCACCUCUUCUAAACAGGUGUUCUACUCUGCCAGCCAGCACCUCCCCUAAACAGGUGUUCUACUCUUCCAGCCAGCACCUCCCCUAAACAGGUGUUCUACUCUGCCAGCCAGCACCUCCCCUAAACAGGUGUUCUACUCUGCCAGCCAGCACCUCCCUUAAACAGGUGUUCUACUCUGCCAGCCAGCACCUCUCCUAAACAGGUGUGCGUUUCUUUUGGCUUUUGGUACACUAUAUGUGCCAUUGUCAAUGUUGACAGUUCUGUAAGCACUUUGGAUAAAAGUGUCUGCUAAAUUACCAUAAUGAAAUCAUAUCAAAAUAACAUCCUGGCGCUCUACGUUUUUUUCUGGUAUAAAAACAGAAUCACAUCUGUGGUUCAGAUGUAAACGUCUCCUGACCAAUAGUGUUGUUGUUCUGAAAAUGUGACCCCUGUAACUGUCAAAUGUGCCCAACCAUGUCUCCUCCCCCUCAUCCCUGUAUUGUAGGUAACCUGUUGGUGAUAGCCUUUGUGAGUUAUUUUGGUGCCAAGCUUCACCGACCCAAGAUCAUAGCGAUCGGAUGUGUCCUGAUGUCGUUUGGGACGUUCCUCAUCGCCAUGCCUCAUUUUAUUUUAGGACGGUAAGUAAGAGGAGUACACAACUUGUUGUCAGAACAUGAUCAUGUGUUGACCUCCCUGUGUUUGUAGGUGGAAGAGGGCUCACAUUGAGUUAUGUUUUUACAGUGAGAUAGUAGUUUGAUCUAAGGUUUGGCUACAUGUUGCAUGUAGAUACUUAAAGAUCUAUUGUCACUGACAAAGUAGAAUUAUGUGGUUUAGAUAACAAAUCAUGGGUAUUGCAUGGCCAACAUACUGCUUUCCUUUUUAUUAAUUGUAUUACUUUUUUAAAAAUCUUAUCUUAUUUAUAUUAUUUUAUUUGCUGUGAAUUACAUGUACAGUAUAUCUAAUGACACCUGAUCAAUGAUUUAUCCUUCCCCUUGCUUAACAGUCACAUUGGUAUUUUUUACACAGCUAUAAGUUCCAAUCGUCAAUUAGAGCAUCCAUGAAUUCAACUACUAACUUCAGUCCAUGUCCGGCAAGCUCAACUGAGUCCACACAGGCAGGUGACAGGGCCUCUAUACUGCCGUCUGUAGGUAAGACAUAGUAACUCAACCAUAUACACAGACAUCCAGUCCAAAUUCAAUCCCUACCCCCCUCGCCUUGACCCUAACUCUUCAAUGUUUGUAGAUCUGUAAGAUGGAAGCGAUAUAGUGGGAGCUCCAACACUACACUGCUUCUACCUACUCAGACCCUUCAUAUUUUCUAACAUUGAAGGGUUAGGGCCAACGGGUGGGGUAAGGAGGGAAUUGGGACCGGCACUUGUUCAUCCAUUGUAUCAUCAAAUUCUACUAUUAUAUUGUGGGAGCUAAUGCUGUAUUUAAGCAUGUUUUUUUUCUUUUUUUCUAAAUGACAGGCUGUGAGCAAGAGUCCAGUGUGUCUAUGUGGAUCUAUGUAUUCCUGGGUAAUGUGUUAAGGGGGAUAGGAGAGACUCCUGUACAGCCGCUGGGAAUCUCCUAUAUAGACGACUAUGCCAGGUCCGAGAAUGCAGCCCUUUACAUUGGUAAGGUUACAUGUUUGUUUUUUCUGUCUCACAAAAAUUCAUUAUAACUUUUAGAAUAAUUGUUUAAAGUAGGAUAGGUCAUCUGUCAUGUAGCUAAAUAAAGUUCCUGUCUUUUCUAUGUUUGAAUGUUUCAGGCUGUGUCCAGACCAUAUCAAUCAUAGGUCCUGUCUUUGGCUACUUACUAGGAUCCUUGUGUGCCAAGAUAUACGUUGACAUAGGAUACGUGGACAUGGGUGAGUCGAGUUUGGGAAACCCUGGGUUGUUCUCAAUUCACUUACUGAUUUAACUGAAUCCUAAAUGGCUUUGAGCCCAACCCUGUUGGUUAUUUGACCCUACUACAUCUGUCCUUCUUCUCCAGAGACUAUCACCAUCACCCCAGGCGAUGCCCGCUGGGUCGGGGCGUGGUGGCUGGGGUACCUCAUAGCCGGGGCCAUCACCCUCAUGUCUGCCGUACCCUUCUGGUUCCUGCCCAAGUCACUGCCCAUGCCUGUGGAUAAGCACGAUGCCAACUGCACCCCAGAACAGACCCGGUUCAUCAAGGACUCUCCCUCAGCCAUGGAACAUAAGUUUAGACCAGAGGAACCGGCCAACUUCCAUCAAAUGGCUAAAGGUACCUUAAUAUAUCCUGGUCUGGCCUUGCUUUGAGAAGACCCAUAACAACAUACAGUACAGGCCUAAUGAUCAGAUGAGUGUGUACUUCAGGCAGGGCAAAAUUAGGCUGGGGGUACAGUAACCUAUUGGAGUGGACCAUAUCAACUGCAAUCAAUUUUUUUUUUUUAAAGGGUUCUGAAAGGGUUCUUUGGCUGAAGAGAACCCACUUAAGAACAAUUUUAUGUUAUCUACCUGGAACCCAAAAGGUUCUCCUAUGGGGACAUCUGAAGAACCCUAGGUUCUAGAUAAAAUGUUUGUUUCUCAGAGUGUACUUCAGAGGGCUCAGAGAGUACACUAUGAACUAUCUGAGCCCUCUGAAGUAGUGUAUAUGGUUGUCUCCAAUAGCGUUAUUCAUUCUCUUUUGAUCUGUAUGUCAAUGCAGUUUUAUAUGGAUGUGAAUAGUAAGACAUGAAAACGUACAGAAACGAGUAACAAUAAUGGUUUUUGUUGUAUUUUCACAGAAUUUGUUCCAACAUUGAAGAGCCUACUGGGAAGUCCAGUGUAUAUAAUCUACCUGUGCGUGACCAUUAUUCAAUUCAACUCUCUCAUCGGCAUGGUAACCUACAAGCCCAAAUACAUUGAGCAACAUUACGGACAGUCAGCAUCAAAAGCAAACUUCCUAAUGGGUGAGUGCUUCAUUAUUUUAUGAUCAUGUGUUUAAUGUGUCUUAAAAUCAUACGUACAUAAUCAAAAAUAACAUUAUAAUAUUGUGUAAUGUUGUAACAAAAAAAAUAUUUUCAGUGAGCUGAUUUUGUCUGGAGUGUUUCAUGUUCUGUCUUUUACCCAUUUUAUUUAUGUUACAUUUCCAUGGCAGUAUGGUUCUUUCAUACAAGAAAAGCUGACUGCCCCUCCAAAGAUAGCUCUGACUUCACUGCAAUUAAACACUGACAUAAUGAGAUGGACACUGACUUCACUGCAAUUAAACACUGACAUAAUGAGAUGGACACUGACUUCACUGCAAUUAAACACUGACAUGAUGAGACGGACUAGAUAAAAGCGACAUUGACAUGAAAUGAAUAGAUAAGAACAUUGAAUAAUGACAUUAAUACAUAGCCAGUCUUGAUAUAAAAUUAUAUUAAAGUUAAAUUAUAUUUAAAGUGCUGUUGAUGACCACAUAAUAAUAUGCUUUUAUUCUGUACUCAAUUAGAGAAGAGUGGUUUAGUAGAGGAGAGGAGGUUGGGGGCUCAGCCAGAAAUACAUUCAGCAUUCCCCCUGUCCUUUCAGGCAUCAAAAGACAGUUUCAUCUCUCAUGACCACUUCACAUGAAAUAUGGAUGAAUGACUUUGAUAUGAAUGCGGCUAUUCCUUCCUUUGAUCUCUUCUGGGAAGAAGGAUUGUGCAAGAUACAGUUGCAUCUCUGCCUCCCUGUAAAAAACCCAGUGAGGUGAUUCCCCAUGCAGUUCCCUUCCCCUCUUUAAGAUCCCGGGCCCUUCCUCAAUUCGUCUUUCCGUGAUUCAUCGCCUCCUGUCUCCUCGAACCCCCUUCUCAUCUCUAUUGGAGGAGAAGAUCCUUAUGAGGAUGAGGCGAUGAGACAAAGAUGAUAAUUGGGAAAGAUCCCUUUUGUCUUGUGAUGUCUGUAUUGUACGUGCCUGGCUACCCAGACUCGUUGCUCCUGCCAAAUGCUACGCCACGCCCACGGACGAUAGUUUCUUCUUUGCAAUGAGUCUGGAUCUGAGUACCUCGCCGACCCUUCACCGAAUGCCAACACGUUUGGGGCCGUCUGAUCGGUCCUGAAACCGAUGGGUUGGGCCAGAGCCAGAACACGUGUGGGCAAAGCGGCCGGUUUGAAAAUUCGUUAUUGGCUUUGAUACUCUGAUUGGUUAGAGAUUAUCCUAUCGAUUAUUCAUUUGUUUUGUACAACACCCCUCCUUUUCAUUUUCCUGUGAUAUCAUCUUGUUUUGACAUUUUUAAUUUAUUUUUAUUUUUUAAUUUUUUUAUUUAUUUAACCUUUAUUUAACCAGGUAAGCCAGUUGAGAACAAGUUCUCAUUUACAACUGCGACAUGGCCAACACAGAGUUACUUAUGGUUACAUAAGGGGUAAACAAAACAUAAAGUCAAAAAUACAACAGAAAAUAUAUAUACAGUGUGUGCGAAUGUAGUAAGUUAUGGAGGUAAGGCAAUAAAUAGGCCAUAGUGCAAAAUAGUUACAAUUUCGUAUUAACACUGGAAUGAUAGAUAUGCAAAAGAUGAUGUGCAAAUAGAGACACUGGGGUGCAAAAUUAGCAAAAUAAAUAACAAUAUGGGGAUGAGGUAGUUGGGUGGGCUAAUUUCAAAAUGGCUGUGUACAGGUGCAGUGAUCGGUAACCUGCUCUGACAAUUGACGCUUAAAGUUAGUGAGUGAGAUAAGAGUCUCCAGCUUCAGAGAUUUUUGCAGUUCGUUCCAGUCAAUGGCAGCAGAGAACUGGAAGGAAUGGCGGCCAAAGGAGGUGUUGGCUUUGGGGAUGACCAGUGAGAUAUACCUGCUGGAGCGCAGACUACGGGUGGGUGUUGCUAUGGUGACCAGUGAGCUAAGAUAAGAUGGGGAAUUGCCUAGCAGUGAUUUAUAGAUGACCUGGAGCCAGUGGGUUUGGCAACGAAUAUGUAGUGAGAGCCAGCCAACAAGAGCGUACAGGUCACAAUGGUGGGUAGUAUAUGGGGCUUUGGUGACAAAACGGAUGGUACUGUGAUAGACUACAUCCAAUUUGCUGAGUAGAGUGUUGGAGGCUAUUUUGUAAAUGACAUCGCCGAAGUCAAGGAUCGGUAGGAUAGUCAGUUUUACGAGGGCAUGUUUGGCAGCAUGAGGGAAGGAGGCUUUGUUGCGAAAUAGGAAGCCGAUUCUAGAUCUAACUUUUGAUUGGAGAUGCUUAAUGUGAGUCUGGAAGGAGAGUUUACAGUCUAACCAGACACCUAGGUAUUUGUAGUUGUCCACAUACUGUAGGUCAGACCCACCGAGAGUAGUGAUUCUAGUCGGGUGGGCGGGUGCAAGCAGCAUUCGGUUGAAGAGCAUGCAUUUAGUUUUACUAGUGUUUAAGAGCAGUUGGAGGCUACGGAAGGAGUGUUGUAUGGCGUUGAAGCUCGUUUGGAGGUUUGUUAACACAGUGUCCAAUGAAGGGCCAGAUGUAUACAAAAUGGUGUCGUCCGCAUAGAGGUGGAUCCGAGCGUCACCAGUAGCAAGAGCGACAUCAUUGAUAUACACAGAGAAUAGUCGGCCCGAGAUUGAACCCUGUGGCACCCCCAUAGAGACGGCCAGAGGUCCAGACAACAGGCCCUCCGAUUUGACACAUUGAACUCUAUCUGAGAAGUAGUUGGUGAACGAGGCGAGGCAGUCAUUAGAGAAACCAAGGCUAUUUAGUCUGCUGAUAAGAAUACAGGGUCGAAAGCCUUGGCCAGGUUGAUGAAGAUGGCUGCGCAGUACUGUCUUUUAUGGAUCGCGGUUAUAAUAUCGUUUAGGACCUUGAGCGUGGCUGAGGUGCACCCAUGACCAGCUCGGAAACCGGAUUGCAUAGCAGAGAAGGUACGGUGGGAUUCGAAAUGGUCGGUGAUCUGUUUGUUAACUUGGCUUUCAAAUACUUUUGAAAGGCAGGGCAGGAUGGAUAUAGGUCUGUAACAGUUUGGAUCUAGAGUGUCACCCCCUUUGAAGAGGGGGAUGACCGCGGCAGCUUUCCAAUCUCUGGGGAUCUCAGACGUUACAAAAGAGAGGUUGAACACGCUUGUAAUAGGGGUUGCGACAAUUUCGGCGGCUAACUUUAGAAAGAAAGGGUCCAGAUUGUCUAGCCCAGCUGAUUUCUAGGGGUCCAGAUUUUUCAGCUCUUUCAGAACAUCAGCUGUCUGAAUUCGUGUGAAGGAGAAGCGGGGGGGGGGGGGGGGGGGGGGGCAUGGGCAAGUUGCAGCGGAGGGUGCAGAGCUGGUGGCCGGGGUAGUGGUAGCCAGGUGGAAAGCAUGGCCAGCCGUAGCAAAAUGCUUGUUGAAAUUCUCGAUUAAUGUAGAUUUAUCGGUGGUGACAGUGUUUCCUAGCCUCAGUGUAGUGGGCAGUUGGGAGGAGGUGCUCUUAUUCUCCAUGGACUUUACAGUGUCCCAAAACUUUUUGGUGUUAGUGCUACAGGAUGCAAAUUUCUGUUUGAAAAAGCUAGCCUUUGCUUUCCUUAGUGAUUGUGUAUAUUGGUUCCUGACUUCCCUAAAAAGUUGCAUAUAGCGGGGGCUGUUCGAUGCUAAUGCAGUACACCACUGGAUGUUUUUGUGCUGGUCAAGGGCAGUCAAGUCUGAGGAGAACCAGGGGCUAUAUCAGUUCUUAGUUCUGCAUUUUUUGAAUAGGGCAUGCUUAUUUAAGAUUGAGAGGAAAGCACUUUUAAAGAACAACCAGGCAUCCACUACGGACGGAAUGAGGUCAUUAUCCAUCCAGGAUACCCGGGCCAGGUAAAUUGGAAAGGCCUGCUUGCUAAAGUGUUUUAGGGAGCAUUUGACAGUGAUGAGGGGUGGUCGUUUGACGGCGGACCCAUGCAAAUAAGGCAGUGAUCGCUGAGAUCCUGGUUGAAGACAGCGGAGGUGUAUUUAGAGGGUACAUUUGUCAGGAUGAUAUUUCCAUUUCAGUCAUUUAGCAGACGCUCUUAUCCAGAGCGACUUACAGUUAGUGAGUGCAUACAUUAUUAAAAUUUUCAUACUGGCCCCCUGUGGGAAUCGAACCCAUAACCCUGGCGUUGCAAACACCAUGCUCUACCAACUGAGCUACAUCCCUGCCGGCCAUUCCCCUCCCCUACCCUGGGCCAAUUGUGCACCGCCCCAUGGGUCUCCCGGUCACGGCCAGCUACGACAGAGCCUGGAUUUGAACCAGGAUCUCUAGUGGCACAGCUAGGACUACGAUGCAGUGCCUUAAACCACUGCGCCACUCGGGAGGAUAUCUAUGAGGGUGCCCAUGUUAACAGAUUUAGGGUUGUACCUGGUAGGUUCGUUGAUAAUUUGUGUGAGAUUGAGGGCAUCUAGUUUAGAUUGUAGGUUGGCCGGGGUGUUAAGCAUAUCCCAGUUUAGGUCACCAAGCAGUACGAACUCUGAGGAUAGAUGGGGGGCAAUCAGUUCACAUAUGGUGUCCAGGGCACAGCUCGGGGCUGAGGGGGGUCUGUAGCAAGCGACAACAGUGAGAGACUUAUUUCUGGAAAGGUGGAUUUUUAGUAGUAGAAGCUCAAACUAUUUGGGCACAGACCUGGAUAGUACGAUAGAGCUCUGCAGGCUCUCUCUACAGUAGAUUGCAACUCCACCCCCUUUGGCAGUUCUAUCUUGACGGAAAAUGUUAUAGUUGGGUAUGGAAAUUUCAGAAUUUUUGGUGGCCUUCCUAAGCCAGGAUUCAGACACUGCUAGAACAUCAGGGUUGGCGGAGUGUGCUAACGCAGUGAAUAACUCAAACUUAGGGAGGAGGCUUCGAACGUUAACGUGCAAGAAACCAAGGCUUUUACGGAUACGGAAGUCAACAAAUGAUAACACCUGGGGAGUAGGAGUGAUACUGGGGGCCAAUGGGGCCCCUGGCGGUCAGGAGCCCCUAGGCAUGAUUAUUACAAGUUUAGAUAGCUGGCUAGACUAACUUACCAAUCUAAAAAAAAUAAUUAGCUGACAUGGGCUAAUUGAGUGACUGUCAUAAUAAGAUAGUAACUGCUGAUGCACCUUGUGUAUUGUAUUAUUCUAAAAGGCACUGCAUGGUCAAUCCGACGUCUGCAUUGGAACAUGCAACAUGAAACGUGCAACAUUUACGGUGAUACGGCCUCUGCAGAAGCCAGGGCAUUCACACUUCUUUCGUUUCACGGAGAGGUGCAGAGCUGUUGAGCAGAGCUGUUGUGAAGGAAGUUGUCAAGGAAGUGAGUUUGUGUUUAUACAGGACAUCCCGCCCCCCGCCUACCGUCAACCAAUCACGUCAAUGCAGAGCUGUACGGAGCCCUCAGCAUUGUUUUUAAAAAAAUUGGGAGGCGCACGGCGAUGCGGUACGGAGCUCAAUUUAGUCUCUGCGUGCCUCCGUAGGCUACGCAAUUGUGUCACACCCUCCACACGGAGCAGGGUGAAAGCCAAUGUUUGAUCCAAAAAUGUGGUCGACGGCUGACUGAGUUAUUUUAGGGCCAGGCCUAGCUAUACCCCCAAUUCCACACUUCCCCUCCUGUAGUAUAAACGUGUUGUUUGUAUGACGUCUGUAGCGAUCCCAUGGGGACAUUUACAUUUGACAUUUUAGUCAUUUAGCAGACGCUCUUAUCCAGAGCGACUUACAGUUAGUGAGUGCAUAUAUGUUUUUGUUUUGUUUUUUGAGAGUGAGCUGGCAACCGGAGGGUUGAUGGUAUCAGUAUCGUAGAUGCCUUCUCCUGCCGUUGUGCCCUUGAGAAAGACACUUAACCGUCAUUACGGCGCUGUAUUGCGACUAGACCGGUUCUUCCAACCCCUCUGUGUGCGUGCAUGCAUGGCUGACGUCUGCUCUGCUCUACAGGCAUGAUCAACAUCCCUGCAGUGGCUCUGGGGAUGUUCUCAGGGGGUGUGGUCAUGAAGAAGUUCAAGCUGGGCAUCAUGGGAGCUGCUAAAUUCGCAUUCGGGACCUCCCUCCUGGGUUACUUCCUGUCCCUCUUCUUCUUCGCCAUGGGCUGUGACAACGCCAAGGUGGCCGGGAUAACCAUGUCAUACACAGGGUAAGUCUUCAAGAUGGAUGCCAACCUCCCCCAUCAUCUUUUAUGUAUUCAACUAAACUCUAUUGGGAACGAGUAGCUAUUCUUAGAGACACUCAGGAUAGAGAAAAACAUGUCACUCGAAACAGAGUCGCUAAGAACUGACCUAGACAAGUCUGUGUAAAUGAGUAAACACUGAUCAGUGUAGCUGGCAGUAGAUGUUCUGCCAGAUCUUUCUAUAUCUACGUACGUUUAUAACCCAUAAUCUAAUACAUACUGUACCUUUUCACCUAUUUACUGGUAACAUAUUGUUUCUCCAUCUGUCUCCAGGGUGGAGGGGUUGUCGUACCAGGAGCCAUCUCUGUUCUCUGAGUGUAACUCUGGCUGCCUGUGCUCCGGGAGGGACUGGGACCCUGUCUGUGGAGAGAACGGGAUCACGUAUGUGUCCCCCUGUUUGGCUGGCUGUACAUCCUCUACCGGAGCUGGCAAAAACACGGUUAGAUGAUAUCUUAGCAUUCCCCUUGGGCUUAUACACGGAGUAUACAAAACAUUAAGAACUGCUCUUUCCAUGACAUAGACUGACCAGGUGAAUCCAGUGGGAAGCUAUGAUCCCUUAUUGAUGUCACUUAUUAAAUCCACUUCAAUCAUUGUAGAUGAAGGGGAGGAGACAGGUUAAAUAAGGAUUUUUAAGCCUUGAGACAAUUAAGACAUGGAUUGUGUAUGUGUGCCAUUCAGAGGGUGAAUGGGCAAGACCACCGGUUUGUGUCAAGAACUGCAACGCUGUUGGGAUUUUCACGCUCAACAGUUUCCCGUGUGUAUCAAGCAUGGUCCGCCACCCAAAGGACAUCCAGCCAACUUGACACAACCGUGGGAUACAUAGGCGUCAACAUGAGCCACCAUCCCUGUGGAACGCUUUCGACACCUUGUAGAGUCCAUGCCCUGACGAAUUGAGUCUGUUCUGAGGGCAAAAGGGAUGGGGUGCAACUCAAUAUUAGUGAGGUGUUUUUGAUGUUUGGUAUACUCAGUACUCAGUGUAUGUACACAGGCAGUUUAGUAGUUAUGUGAAGUCAUGAGGUGGAGACAAAUAUAUGGAACCCCCGCCUCUAGUGGCCUUUUUACAUUUACGUCAUUUAGCAGACGCUCUUAUCCAGAGUGACUUACAAAUUGGUGCAUUCACCUUAUGAUAGCCAGUGGGAUAACCACUUUACGAUGUAUUUAUUUUAUAUUUUUCAAAUCUUUCGAGUAUAUUUUCAAUUUUCAUUUGUUUUAUAUGUAUAUAUUUAUAUCAACUUUUUAAAAUGUAUAUAUAUAUAUUUAUAUUUUUUUUUUUGUGGGGGUGGGGUAGGUGGGGGUAGAAGGAUUACUUUUAUACUAUCCCAGGUAUUCCUUAAAGAGGUAGGGUUUCAAGUGUCUCCGGAAGGUGGUCAGUGACUCUGCUGUAGUCUGAAGUAGAUAACAGUCACCACCAGUCCAGACUCCCUGGAGAUAUUAUUGCAGUGUUUUACUACUCAGUGAUUCCCUCCCUCUGUCCUCUCCCCCAGGUGUUUGGCCAGUGCAGGUGUGUUGCAUUGACAGGGGCAGGUUCUCAGCCCAGUAACCUGACUGCCUCCCUGGGUCACUGUCCAAUCAGAGACAGCUGUGACAGAAUGUUCCCCUACUUCCUCUUUCUGUCUGUCAUCACUUCCUUCAUCAUCUCUUUGGGGGGAACGCCAGGCUUCGUGCUUCUCAUCAGGUCAGUGAGGCCCUCUAGUGGAUGGACUGGAUAAAUGCAACAAUGCUUUCUAUGAUACACAAUGGGUUGUAUCCUAAUGUGUUCAAUUUGGGGAAACCGUUUUGAUGUCACUCAAGUUCAAGUUGCUCACAACAGUUAGGAUUAAGUUUAGUUGGUCUUAAAAGGACCUCCCCUAACUCUCUAAUGAUCUUCCUAUAGGUGCAUUAAGCCUGAAUUAAAAUCAAUUGCUCUUGGAAUCCACACGUUGGCCACCCGGACCCUUGGUGAGUAUCACUUAUGUCCUCGGUUGACUGAUUGAUUGAGUUAGUCAAUGAUUCAUUGAUUCAUUGAUUGAUUUUAGCUGGCAUCCCUGCACCUAUCUACUUCGGAGCCAUCAUAGACACCACCUGUUUAAAGUGGGGAAACACAAAAUGCGGAGGAAGAGGAGCGUGCAGAAUCUACAACACGACAGCCUACAGGUAAAACACAUAGGGGGCCGAUUCAGACUUAGGAAACUACGCCUUUCCUACGCACUUCUCAGUAGUUGGUAUUCAGACAUACCUUACGCAGGUGCAUAAUGUCUUUGCAGGCGUGGUUCCCUUGCCCGCGCUGAAUAAAUGUAAUUCAACAGCUGAAAACCCUCCCACUUGCUUUCCAACAGAUUUUCUCGUCAUUCAAUACGGUUUUCAGUACAUUUAUCUAAAGCCAUUCCUGAAAUUUCCUCGACAGACUUACUAGAAUACAGUGGGGGAAAAAGUAUUUAAUCAGCCACCAAUUGUGCAAGUUCUCCCACUUAAAAAGAUGAGAGAGGCCUGUAAUUUACAUCAUAGGUACACGUCAACUAUGACAGACAAAUUGAGAAAAAAAAAUCCAGAAAAUCACAUUGUAGGAUUUGUAAUGAAUUUAUUUGCAAAUUAUGGUGGAAAAUAAGUAUUUGGUCACCUACAAACAAGCAAGAUUUCUGGCUCUCACAGACCUGUAACUCCUCUGUCCUCCACUCGUUACCUGUAUUAAUGGCACCUGUUUGAACUUGUUAUCAGUAUAAAAGACACCUGUCCACAACCUCAAACAGUCACACUCCAAACUCCACUAUGGAGACCAAAGAGCUGUCAAAGGACACCAGAAACAAAAUUGUAGACCUGCACCAGGCUGGGAAGAACUGAACUGAAUCUGCAAUAGGUAAGCAGCUUGGUUUGAAGAAAUCAACUGUGGGAGCAAUUAUUAGGAAAUGGAAGACAUACAAGACCACUGAUAAUCUCCCUCGAUCUGGGGCUCCACGCAAGAUCACACCCCGUGGGGUCAAAAUGAUCACAAGAACGUUGAGCAAAAAUCCCAGAACCACACGGGGGGACCUAGUGAAUGACCUGCAGAGAGCUGGGACCAAAGUAACAAAGCCUACCAUCAGUAACACACUACGCCGCCAGGGACUCAAAUCCUGCAGUGCAAGACGUGUCCCCCUGCUUAAGCCAGUACAUGUCCAGGCCCGUCUGAAGUUUGCUAGAGUGCAUUUGGACGAUCCAGAAGAGGAUUGGGAGAAUGUCAUAUGGUCAGAUGAAACCAAAAUAGAACUUUUUGGUAAAAACUCAACUCGUCGUGUUUGGAGGACAAAGAAUGCUGAGUUGCAUCCAAAGAACACCAUACCUACUGUGAAGCAUGGGGGUGGAAACAUCAUGCUUUGGGGCUGUUUUUCUGCAAAGGGACCAGGACGACUGAUCCGUGUAAAGGAAAGAAUGAAUGGGGCCAUGUAUCAUGAGAUUUUGAGUGAAAACCUCCUUCCAUCAGCAAGGGCAUUGAAGAUGAAACGUGGCUGGGUCUUUCAGCAUGACAAUGAUCCCAAACACACCGCCCGGGCAACGAAGGAGUGGCUUCGUAAGAUGCAUUUCAAGGUCCUGGAGUGGCCUAGCCAGUCUCCAGAUCUCAACCCCAUAGAAAAUCUUUGGAGGGAGUUAAAAGUCUGUGUUGCCCAGCAACAGCCCCAAAACAUCACUGCUCUAGAGGAGAUCUGCAUGGAGGAAUGGGCCAAAAUACCAGCAACAGUGUGUGAAAACCUUGUGAAGACUUACAGAAAACGUUUGACCUGUGUCAUUGCCAACAAAGGGUAUAUAACAAAGUAUUGAGAAACUUUUGUUAUUGACCAAAUACUUAUUUUCCAACAUAAUUUGCAAAUAAAUUCAUUAAAAAUCCUACAAUGAUACUUUUUUCCCCCACUGUAUAUGAAGAGAACGGUUCAGAAUAUAGGGAUCAAUGAAAGAAAGACAUGUAAACACACGCAUAUUAGUCUCCUUUUCAGUACCAAUUGGUCAAUUUAAAAAUUCUCUGAUGUUGUAUGUUAUUUAGGGUUAGGAAAGUAUGAAUAAUAUAAAAAACUGGUUUGGAGAGCCUUUACGCACAAAAUAUAGUGGUUUGAUUCUUCCUGAAAGUUGCCAUAUUGAAUUGUUCAAUGCAUGAAAUAUUAGAAGUUGACAAAAGUGUACAAUAAGGGUUGAACAGUAGUAUUAUAAAUCUACCCUAGUAAUCCUCACUAAUCAUGGAAUCCUCACUAAUCAUGGAAUCCUCAAUAAUCAUGGAAUCCUCACUAAUCAUGGAAUCCUCAAUAAUCAUGGAAUCCUCACUAAUCAUGGAAUCCUCAAUAAUCAUGGAAUCCUCAAUAAUCAUGGAAUCCUCACUAAUCAUGGAAUCCUCAAUACUCAUGGAAUCCUCAAUAAUCAUGGAAUCCUCACUAAUCAUGGAAUCCUUACUAAUCAUGGAAUCCUCACUAAUCAUGGAAUCCUCACUAAUCAUCGAAUCUUCAAUAAUCAUGGAACUGUUAUGACGGUCCAGUCGUCGUGAACCAUGUGCCAGGCUCCAGGUUUAUGAUCUACAUUCCAUAAUGAUUCAAAUAGGCUACAUGUCCCAUAUUAUUGCACAACUUGUAAUACGUUAGCCUAGUAUGAUCCACUAUUGCUAGCGAUCCUUGGGAACAACCACACGAACGUGACAGAGGAAAGAAAGGUAAACUAACUCAUGUAAUGGAAUGAUGCAAAAUGUAAGGAAACUAACACUAAAAUAACAGUUAUAAAUGUAUGUGGGUGUAACUGACGGGGGCUACUGAUAGUGAUGUUAGGUUCUAAACAAACAGAGCAAAAACUCAAACGGAUGACUAGGAAAAGCUCAUACCAAGUUUAUUCACCCACUGGGUCAUACAGCUGCAAAGACAAGUCACAUAAGCACAUCUUAAGUUGAAUACCAUGCUUCAGUUCAAGGUCAGAAUACGCAUAAAGAGAAAAGUGCAUAAAAAGGGGAAAUACUUUUCAUUCACCUGCGCUUAACUCGGGUCAGAAUCCCCACCCUGGGGGCCAAUUCAGAUGUAGGAAUGUACACCUUUCCUAACCACACCUUUCCUAUGCACUUCUCAGUAUUUGGUAUUCAGACUUAGCUUACUCAGUCGCGUAAAGCGCUUUGCAGGUGAGGCUACCUUGUACCCUCUGAAUACAUUUCAUUAAACCGCUAAAAAACCCUCCCAUAGGGUUCUCAGUCCAUUUAUCUUAAGCCAUCCCUUUAAAUACGUUGUACCUUUUUAGUUAGAAUUUUGUUGGAUCAAUGAAAGAAAGCCAUCUAAAUAUAUGCAUAUUCUUCUCCGUUUCAAAACCAAUUGUAGGGUUUGGAAAGUAUUUAUGAAUCAUAAAAAACAGGUUUGGAGAGCCUUUACGCACUGAAAGAAAGAAAACGGUGGUUUGAUUCAUUCUGAAAAUGUCCACAUUCAGUUCUUCAACCCAUGGUAAUGUUGGAAGAUUAGUGUACAUAGAAUUAUAAUAGGGUGAAUAAUGUACAAUAUAAUUAUAAUAGGGUGAAUAGUGUACAAUAGUAGGCUGUACCCUCUUCUUUUGUCUGCACUAACCAUGGAACUCUACUAAUACACGGCCAAGUAUUGCGCCAUGUUUCGGUUCAAACUGUUAUGGCUUGGUCUGCUCUCCACUCCAUAAGGAUUUAAUUAGCCUGCAUGUCUUUAAAAAUAUAUAUAUUAUCAACUUUGACUAAUGAUCGUCGGCAACAACCACACGGCCGUGACGGUGUUUACACAGGAAGCAAAUGAAGGAUAAUGAAACAACGUCAUUAAAUGGAAUGUUAAUGUAGGCUAUACCACCUGAAGGGAACUAACAAUGUAAUUAACCGGAAUGAUAAUGUAGUCUAUACCACCUGAAGGGAACUAACAAUGUAAUCAAAUGGAAUGAUAAUGUAGUCUAUACCAACUGAAGGGAACUAACAAUGUAAUUAAAUGGAAUGAUAAUGUAGUCUAUACCAACUGAAGGGAACUGACAGUACAUUGGCAGGUGAAUAUGUGUGGUUAUUAUGCCUAUAGAUGGUCGAUACUGAUAGUGGCUAAUAUUUAACAUGAUAGAAAUAGGAAACAGAGAAAGUCGGGGAUAGCCUAUAAUUAAGGCAUUCAAGAGUGCCCAUCCCUGCAAGUUAAAAGGCCAUAUAGUUUAGGUAGGUUCGCUAGACCUUAUUCAUGGUUUCCUCGCACGUAAAGGUGUUGGAAUUAUGAGGGAAUUAAGUCAAGGUCAGAAUACGGCAUAUCUGCAGACACACCUUCAUUUAUUCGAUCUCCACCCCGAACGAAUAGCAGGUGAAUUGCAUGCUAUUCUCAUGCUUAAGCUCAAGGUCAGAAUACGCAUAGAGCGAAAAGUGCAUUAAAAGGGACUAACGUUGUCACGUACGUUAAGAGACGGGUCGGACCAAGGUGCAGCGUGAAAAGCAUACCAAAAAUAACAAACUUAACCGUGACUGUCCAAAGGGCUAACACACAAGCCUAAACAGGAACACAACAAGAUCCCACAACACAGGCAGGAAAACUGGCUGCCUAAGUAUGAUCCCCAAUCAGAGACAACGAGCGACAGCUGCCUCUGAUUGGGAACCACACCCGGCCAAACAUAGAAAUACAAACAUAGAAUCAAAACUCAAAUGAUAUUCACACCCUGACCAAACUAACUAGAGUUCUAUCGGUCAGGGCGUGACAAACGUUCCAUGUGCAUGCUUAACUCAGGUCGGAAUAACCCCUUAGUGAAUCUCUACCAUACAGCUCCUAGCACCAUACCUACUGUAUCUCUCUUUGGAUAGGGGUAGCCUACAAUGGUUUUAGUAUAUACUUCCUUUCCUGUUUUUAGUAUUCAUGCUCUCUGCUCUAUUUUAGGGCAACAGUUUACAUUAACGUACAGUGGUACUUUAGAAUAGUGUACUUCAAGCACUUACAACCCCAUUAAAAUGGUACCUUCAUGUAAAAUGUAACCUAUUUUAGUUUAUUCUGAGUGUUCACUCUCUCCUCUGUUCUAGGAUAGUAUACCUGGGUCUGACUCUGGUCCUAAGGACUGGAAAGGGGAUACGGACUGUAGUCAGUUGUACAACUGAAUGCAUUCAACCAAAAUGUUUUUUCCGCAAUUAACCCAACCCCUCUGAUUCCGAGAGGUGGGGGGGGGGGGCUGCCUAAUCAACGUCAUCGGCGCCCAGGGAGCAGUUGUUGUUGGAGGUUAACUGCCUUGCUCAAGGGCGGAACGGCAGAUCUUUCCACUUUGAACACUCAGGGAUUCAAACCAGCAACUUUUCGGUUAAUGGCCCGACGCUCUUAACCGCUAGGCUACCUGCUGUCUCUUGCUUCCUGUGUAUACUGGCUUUCCCUAACCUUAAUCCUAACUCUGACCCUAAUCCUAACUAUAAUAUAAUAAUAAUAUGCCAUUUAGCAGACGCUUUUAUCCAAAGCAUACAUUUUUACGUAUGGGUGGUCCCGGGGAUCAAACCCACUACCCUGGCGUUACAAGCGCCAUGCUCUACUAAUUGAGCUACAGAGGACCACUAACUCUGACCCUAUCCCUAACCCUAACCCUAAUCCUAACUCUGACCCUAUCCCUAACCCUAAUCCUAACUCUGACCCUAUCCCUAACCCUAAUCCUAACUCUGACCCUAUCCCUAACCUUAACCCUAAUCCUAACUCUGACCCUAUCCCUAACCCUAACCCUAAUCCUAACUCUGACCCUAUUCCUAACCCUAACCCUAAUCCUAACUCUGACCCUAUCCCUAACCCUAACCCUAAUCCUAACUCUGACCCUAUCCCUAACCCUAACCCUAAUCCUAACUCUGACCCUAACCCUAACUCUGACCCUAUCCCUAACCCUAAUCUCUCCUCUGUUCUGUUCUAGGAUAGUAUACCUGGGUCUGACUCUGGGCCUGAGGACUGUCUCUUUCUUCCUGUGUAUACUGGGCUUCGCUCUACUCAGGAGGCACGUCAAGCAGGAAGAGAAAAUGGCACUGACCAAUGGGAAUGUAGAGAUGGAGGCCGAGUCUCUCAGGAAAGAGGAGAUCACCAACUCUACACACUGUGACCAGUUUGUAAGGGCGCUGGACUGUAACCCUGACAGGGAGACACGCCUU